AUGCCGUCCAAGUUCAAAGAGUUCCGCCGUUCUAUCGUGAGCGCGACAGCUCUGGGUCGCAAAAAGCACGGCGGACACGGUCACGGUCACGAGUAUGACUCUGAAGACUUUGACCACCACCACCACCACCACCACCACCGCCCAGGAGAGUUUGGCGACUUUGACCUCGCCAGCCCCGCAUCACCCUUGAGUGCCAGCGGCGCGUCUGCCCAGUCCAGUGCAGCGUUCCUGCCCCACUCGCCAACACCGUCUUCUAGGGGCUCGAUUCGUCGCCGCCGGCGCAUGAGCGAGCAGCCAGAGCGCAAAAAGAGCUCGCCACACCGCCAGCACCGGAGGAAGCGAGCCGGUACCGUUUCCGGAACCGAUCCUACCUCAAACAACGACGUCGUCAGCGACCACUUGCCGGCGGUGCCAGCCAUCAAUGUUAAAGACAAGAAACAACGUCCAGUGUCAUGGACAAGUCUCUCGCCGCGUUGGAGCCCGCUACCCCUCCCCCCACAACGCGGCGUCAUCUCGGGUCUGCCCCGCUCCGAGAGUGCCGGUCUGGCGUGCAUCGCCAGCCUCGAUCUCGAACUGCCUCCAGCUGUCGCCUCUGUCAGUCCGCGCUCAUCGACUCCAGUGGCAGCACCAACAGUCACCAUUGGCGCCCCACCGUCACCUACCCCGCCUGCCCCUCUGGCCCCGAUCUUGCGUGCGCCAGGCGUGGCACCGUUGCGACGAUCCUCCACCUUGCCCUCCAUCCCACAAUCAGCACCAGCACCAGUCAUCUCCCUCUCGCCAGUGGUCGCGUCUCCACUCCAGUACACUACCCCUCUGCCAGUCCCUUCGCCCGCUGUCUCGCCACGUCCGUCAAUGGAUGCCGGAUCCAGGACUCAAUUGCCGACAACCACUAGCUUGGAACCCAGCCGUCAAGCCCCGGAUGCCACACGGGUGCCUGUGUCACCAGCCAGUGUUCCGCCCCCGGUCGCCGAGGUCGUGGCUGCUACCACCACCCCUGCCACAGUGCCAGGAGUAAAGGCCACCACAGCCAUGCGUCCAAGCAAGAGCAUUAUGGAGCGUCUGUUCCCCUCGGAAGAAAUGGAGCGUCGCGCCAAUGCUGAGAAAAAGGCGCCGGCCCCCGGCCGCGUCUACGUGUUUGACGUCAUGAGCGAGGAAGAGCCGGCGGUGCCAAAGGAUGGAAAAGAGCCACUCGCCAAGACUCGAGACCUCCCCGAUUCGCACCUCGCGAGGUUGCAAGAAAGCGAGCGCCGCGCUCCGCUCGAGUACCGUACCAGCCCGUGGGUGCUGGCUGGAUCCAGCCUCGUCUUCUUUGUCACACACCUCGAGCUUGUCCCACGCAUGUUUGUCGGCGGCCGCCGCACGGACGUCAAGGGGUCGUCAUCCGCCGUCCUUGGCCAGGCCACAAUGCUCGCCGUGAGCGGCGUCAUUACCAUCCUCGGUACCGUCUCCCUGCUCGCGUGCGUGCCCACAGUCGCGGCUGUCUGCUUGUUUGCUUUUGUGGCAGAGCGGUGCCAGGGUCCGCCGACAAGGGUGUCUGACCGGCCCGACGUCACAGACGCCCCAACAGCGGACCGCGAGGCGUGGUUCUUUGUCAACGGCGUUGCAACCACUGGUUCGGGAGCUCAGGACGACAUCAACGAGCUUCACGGCCUCGUUCGCCGCCCCAUUACAGCAAUCGUGAACCACUCACUUGGUCUGUGGUUUGACCUCGUCCAGUCUGUUAUGCAGCGCGACCUCGGCCUCGCCACCAAGGAUCUCCGCGAGGGAUACAAGUACAUCCACGAGGCGGUAAACAACCCGGCCAUGGAGCGCGUCGUGGUUAUCGCACACAGUCAGGGAGCAAUCCUCACGUCGGCGUGGAUCGACCAGCUCGUUGCCGACCUGCCAGCUCAUCUCCUCGCAAAGGUCGAGGUGUACACGUUUGGCUCGGCAGCCAACCACUUUUCGCUCCACGCGUACGCCCUCGCGCGCGUCGAGCACUUUGCCAACAUGUUCGACUAUGUCGCGCGCCACGGCGUCCUCGACCACUGCCGUGGCGGCGCCUAUGCUCCCGGCGUCGACGACACCGUCAAGGCAGUGUAUGGACGGUACCCAGGUCGCGUGUUUGCGCGCAACCGUACAGGCCACAUGUUGCUUGACCACUACCUCAACCCGGCCGACUCGAUCCUGGACGACCCGGAGGUUCAGGUGACAUCGCGCUUUGCAGCAUACGCUGGGGGUGGGUUGCCGCUCCCCCCCGCGCAUGCGGGCGCGGCGGUCACCAGCAGCCGCUCGUCGUCGGGCUCGGGAACGACCACCACCAUCGUGACCCCCGGCGACACGACGCCGUACUCGACCGACCGCGAGAGCCGCGACAGGGACGGGCCCAUGCCCUGCCUGCCGCGACCGCCAAACACCAAGCGUGGGCGUUCGUUCAAGUUUGGCAAGUCGAGGACCGACAGGGUGUCGAGCCGCGGGUAG